AAGAGUUAUGUGAGGCAACUUAACCAAAAGGGAAAAAAGAAAAAGGAAAAAAAGAGCAGGAUGGACCUCUUACAGAAAAGAGAAUCUAAGGAAACUCUAUUCACUUCUAUUUCUGCAGGAGAUAAUCCUCCCAGAGGAAUUUGCCCUCCUGUGAAAAAAUCCUCGAAAGUAUGUGGUACCAAUUACCCUCUCAGCAUCGCCUUCAUUGUGGUGAAUGAAUUUUGUGAACGCUUCUCCUACUAUGGCAUGAAAGCUGUUCUGACUUUGUACUUCCUCUACUUCCUCCACUGGGAUGAGAAUACUUCCACUUCAGUCUACCAUGCCUUCUCAAGUUUAUGCUACUUUACACCAGUCCUUGGGGCGUUCAUGGCUGACUCAUGGCUGGGAAAAUACAAAACAAUCAUUUAUCUCUCCAUUGUUUACGUUAUUGGGCACGUGAUCAAGUCAGUCGGGGCAAUACCGAAUUUGGGAAACCAGGUUGUUCAUGUGGUUCUCUCUAUGACGGGCCUGACCCUGAUUGCUCUUGGAACGGGAGGUAUCAAACCCUGUGUGGCAGCAUUCGGUGGAGACCAGUUUGAAGAGGGAAUAACGGCAGAAAGGAGCAAGUUCUUCUCUGUCUUCUAUCUGUCUAUUAAUGCAGGAAGUUUGAUCUCCACUUUCAUUACUCCUGUGCUGAGAGGGGAUGUGGAGUGCUUUGGAGGAGACUGUUAUGCUCUGGCUUUUGGUGUUCCUGCUGCUCUAAUGGUCAUAGCUCUCAUUGUGUUUAUUGCUGGGAAUGGAAUGUACAAAAAGACACCACCACAAGGAAAUGUCUUACUUGAUGUUUGGAGGUGCAUUUGGUUUGCAUUAACAAACCGGAUCAAAAAUCGCUCCCGACACAUUCCUAAAAGGGAGCACUGGUUAGACUGGGCUUCAGAAAAAUAUUCAAACCAGCUGAUCACUGAGGUUAAAAUGGUGACUCGUGUCCUCUUCCUCUUUAUCCCACUGCCAAUGUUCUGGGCUCUCUUUGAUCAGCAGGGUUCUAGGUGGACAGUACAAGCCACUAAAAUGAAUGCUGCUUUUGGAGGAUUUGUCCUUCAGCCUGACCAAAUGCAGUUCUUAAAUCCUCUCUUGAUCCUUGUCUUCAUCCCAGUGUUUGACUUUGGGCUGUAUCCCCUGAUAAAUCUGUGCAAAUUUAAUUUCACGCCUAUUAAAAAGAUGGCAACUGGGAUGAUCCUUGCAGCCGUGGCAUUUGCAGCUGCUGCCAUUGUAGAACUCAAGAUAGAGGAAAAUGCUAUGCCAGUACCAGUUCCAAAAGAAAGUUACAUUCAGGUCCUGAAUUUGGCAGACGAUGAUAUUGAAGUGGCAAUCCAAGAUUAUGACCUGUUUCGGCAUCCAAUCAAACCUUUUCAGGACCCUGAUGAAUACUCCAGAUUAAUUCUGAGCAGUAAACAACAAAACCUCCAUUUUCAAAUCCAGUUCCAAGGAUCAUCUUUCACAUUUAAUCAUAUUAUCCAGGAAAAGACUGUGAACAGUUUAAUUGUCUACAAGAUGGAAGGAAGCUUAGCAAGCCGUUUCAUUAAAGACAUGGAACAAAAGCCGACGGAAGGAAUGUCAGCUGUGAGAUUCAUUAAUACUCUGGAGUUGGAUGCCAACAUCACUCUUAGCAAUGAGGACUUUGUCAGCAUUAACAAAAGUUAUGGUGUUUCAAGGUACAGCAUCCUGACGAGAGGAAGAUACAACAAUGUGAAAUGUCAAGUGGGAGCCGAAGAAUCCAUCCUAGAGCUAGGCCUCCUUGAUUUUGGAGCAUCCUACACAGUUGUUAUAACAAAUACUUCUUCAAAGACCUUCCAGACAUGGAAGACAGAAGACAUUGCAGCCAACAAUGUCCAUAUUUCAUGGCAGAUCCCUCAAUACCUGUUAAUAUCGGCUGGAGAAGUGAUGUUCUCCAUUACAGGCCUUGCUUUCUCUUACUCCCAGUCUCCUGCUAGCAUGAAGUCGGUGCUACAGGCAGGUUGGCUGUUAACAGUGGCCUUUGGAAAUGCUAUUGUGCUCGUUGUUGCUCAGGCUGCGCCUCUGGACCAGUGGGUCGAGUUUGUCCUCUUUGCUGCUCUCCUCUUCAUUGUGUUCAUCAUUUUCUCCAUCAUGGGAUUUUUUUACACUAGUGUGGACCCAGAAGAACUCAUUCCCAAAGAGGAGAAAGAAGAGUUAUCAAGCAGUAAAAAUAUGAUAGACCUUGUUAUCAAGAAAAGCGAACUUUAAGGUGGCUGUGGACACUGAAAUGGGUUUUUCUGGCCUUUUUGUUUUGAGAAGAUGUUGUGAAAAUGGAUUUGUUUUCAGGCUAGCAUUCUGAAAAAUCUACCAUAUUGAGGGUAAACUCCUUCCCCCCUAGAAAGUCAGCUGAAUAAAAGUGCACAAGUUCCUGAGGAUGGCAGCAUUAACAAUGUACACAAUGUCUUUGUAAAAAGUAAGUUUACAGUACUCAGACAUGGGUAAAGUGAGACUUUAGUGAUGAGGUAACCAUAUAUUAAGGUUUUGUAAACAAUGGCAGAUUUAUUUAGAAAGCUUUAAAGAAAUGAAAAAAUACUGAAGAGCAAGAGCUAAAGCCAAUGUUAAUCCUGCUUAGAGUAAACCGGUUGCAAUGAAUGGGUUACACUGUGACAAAUCAGUCUCAUUCAUUUCAUUGGGUUCACUAUAGAACUAACAUUGGAUUUAACUCAAUAUAAAUAAAACCACAAACUAAAAAAGAGAGAGAAUUUAUAACAAGUGUUGCAAAACCUGUUGGAGUCUAGGAUAUAUUUUUCAUUUUUCUUGCAUGAUGUUGGAGCUCACUUCCACUUCUGUGAUUCUGGCCAUCUCUACCAUACCUCCACACUGUUACAGACAGACAAAAGACACAGGCCAUAAUCCAGAGGGGUUGAUGAUACAUUGCAUACUUUCUUCACACAUGGGUCCAGAAUUUGUCUCUUUCAGAAAAGAAUUUCCUCAUGGAAACUCAAAACUGAUUUUGAAAGGAAAAAAACCUACCCAAAAGUUCUCAAACUAGGCAGCUACCACUUGUACCUCAGUAGCAAUAUUUACACAGUCCAAUAUUUCCUCUAAAUUGUUUCUGUGCCAUGUUCAAGGAAAAUGAACACACACGCCCUGGUUUGUGUUCUGAGACAAAUAUUCAAAACAAUGACAAAACUCCCUCCUUAGAGAACAUCAUUUUAGAAUCCAGACAGAAAAGCUAAAUGUUUUAAUAUCACCCCAUUCAGACAUUCCCUGUGCUUUCUAAUUGUGAUGUCAAACAGACUAGAUAAGCUUAUAGGUUAACUUUUCAAAAGCAGGGGGCUCUCAGAGGUAAGGGACAGGUGGUCACCAAAAUUUUGUUGGAUUGCCUUUCCUGUUUACUCUAGCCAAGAAAAGCAGUGGUGAGGGAUGGUGGGAAUUGCAAUUCUACAAGACCUGGAGAGCCUCACAUUGCUCAGCCCUGCCCUACCUACAGAUCUCUGAGCUCAGAGAAUUCUGGGGAGGCUAUACCUCAUGCUGUUUCUGCAUGAGUAAAAAUGAACCCAUCUUUUUGCAAAGCAAAUUGUUCCACAGGAAUAAUCAGCAACUAGGACAGAAGCAAUGAAGAUAGAUGGGCAAUUAUGGCCUAAAUGUUUUUAUACUACAACUCCUGAAAUAUCUCCCUUAGCUUUGCUGGCUAAGAGCAAUUACCUCUGACUUAAGACUUUCCAGCUGGUCUAGAACAGUGACUUCAGAGGAUGUUUAUACACUUAGUCCAAGACAUUUGUUAUAUCCUCAAUAUAACAUUAGUGAGUAAACUGAUCUCAGGGGUACUUUGAUUUCAUAUUGUCUCACUGUAGCAUUAAUCAGACAGUCUAUGCUGACACAUGUUGCAGUUCCAAGAGUAUAAAUGCCUUGCUUCUCCAGAUGGUGUUGGACUACAUCUCCCAUCCGUGAUAAUUGACUGGGCUGGUUGAGGUUCAUAGGAGUUGUAAUCCAAAGACAUCUGGACUCUCAAAGUUUCCCAGUCUUGCUAUAAAACAUGACAGAUUCCUCAGAAAGCAAACAUUACAUAUAAGGAAGUGCAAACUUCAUGUGAUUUUACAUCUGUCUAUUUCACUUAAUUUUCUCAUAUUGGCUCUCAUAAACACUGUUGGACUUGGAGUGGAAAGACUUGGAUUCAGGUCCACUAUCAGCCAGUGGAGCUAACUCAAUUUGAAUCUCUCAUUUAGCAUGCAAGAAUAGAUAGGAUGCCAUAUGAGAAAACUCAGAGAGCAAAUAUAACAAAACAAAGUGAUGUUGAAAUAAUCCACAGUCACUAGUCUUGACCACAGCUUUGUGUGUUCUCUGAUGCAUAUACAAAGGGUUUGCUAGAAUCCCCAUUCAUUCAUUUCAGUGGGAGUAUAUAAUCAGCAUGUGCAUCUCUUGGGGGCAUAGAACUUGGAUCUAAACUGGAAAGUUCCUGAGUACUAGGCUAUCUAGAGAAUGUGUUCCUAUAAGCUGUCAAAUCCAUAAAUAAUCGUGGGACCAGGUCAUGUAAAAGCUGGGGCUUAAAACUAAAGCAUCUGUAACUAAGGAGAAAAUAUACAUUUUCUGAUCUUUUCCUGUCCUUCAGGCUCAGAGGAGAGCAGAUAAGAACAUAAAUGAUGUCUUUUGCUCUUAUGUGAGAAUGAAUCAGGGAUACAUUUAUUUCUUUGCAAAAGCCUACAAGUGUAACUUUCAACAAUGCAGUAAUAUAAUUUUCCAAUUUCUCAGUUUGUAACAAGCCAUUUUGCCAUUUUCUUCUUGAAAGGCGCAGCCUCAUAAUGAGUGGUCCAGCUCUAAUAUCUAUCCUAGGUGGGUGAGAAUUUGCUUGUUAUAGAUGUUCUCGUGGUUAGGAAAGGCAUACUGCAACCUGGAUGAAUUGCCAUGGCAUUGUCUAAUGAGAAUUCUAGUGAAAUGAGAUUUAAAAAUAAAACAGCCACAACCUGUGGGAAUUCACCUGCUGGAUUUUCUCAUAUUUCACACUGACAGUUCUGAGAUGUUUGUCCUAAGGGUGUUUAUUCACAAUGCAGAGAUCCUCACAUUGUGGCCCAAACUGCAUUUGCAAUGAGGUUCAGGAAACUUUGGAGAGGCAGGCAGACAGAGACCUUAGAGGCAGCAUACAGAAAGCUAUGCUUCAGCACUACAGUUAUUUUCAGUUUCUGGCUAAACACAAGAGAUGGCUUGAUGUAAAAGGGCAUUAUUUCUUUCCAGACACAGACAAAGCAGAGUGCACCUGUAAUUCUAGGAUUAUAAUAAAACUGGACUUGCUUUACAUGGGAGCAAUACAGAGGGCAAUAGUGUAAGAGGGGAGCUAGGAAAUUCUUUUUAGUGAAAUCAAACAGUUCCUUGAGAUGUUUGUUACCGAAAGCAAUUUUUUAUAUGAAUUAGUCCAACAACACUGAAGCAUUAUUUGUCGAUAAUAUUCAGGGAUUACUAAGAACAUUCUUCAAGAAAUAUGUUCAUUUCCCCUAAAUUCUGUUUUACGAUACAUUGCAGAUUAGUUCUGCAACAGUUAAAUUGGAUGAUUCCUGAGCUGCUUCCAAAUUGAAUCACAAACAGAAAAUAGGCCACUUACUCUUCCCAAAUCUUAUGCCUGAAGGAACAGCUGAGUUCCAGCACUGGGAAGCACAAGCAGACAUGGUUUUAAAUUAC